AUGAACCCAACCAGAGUCCUCGCCCGCCGCACCCCACUCAUCCACUUCAUCGGAAAACGCUCUAUCCCAGAGGCCAUUGACCAUAGUCCUCGUGUCCACCCGGCGUCUCCAUCAUCCUCUCUCCCAACCUCCUUCAAGCAAUACCGUGAAUCAGUUGCCAACCAACAUGGUCCCUUAGCCACUCGAUCCGCAUCCUCCAAAUCCUACUUCUCGCCAGCCCCACCACAAGGUCAAUUCUUCGACCGAAGCGAGCUUCCUGCUAGGUUCGGACGUCUCAAGUGGUCUUCUGCUGAGAUUGACGCUGUUGAGAGCGGUGGCGCCAAUCUUGCUGCUUAA